AUGGGUGUCCUGGAGAGGAUCAAGGAGAUCGAGCUGGAAAUGGGGCGCACGCAGAAGAACAAAGCCACAGAGUACCAUCUGGGUCAGCUCAAGGCCAAACUAGCUCGCCUGCGAACACAGCUGCUCGAACCAGCCAAGGGUUCGUCAGGCGCGGGCGAGGGGUUUGAGGUGACCAAGUUCGGGCACGGGCGAGUGGCACUCAUCGGCUUUCCUAGUGUGGGAAAGUCCACCCUCCUCACUGUCCUCACUGGCACUCGCUCCGAGGCGGCAGCGUACGAGUUCACCACGCUGACGUGCAUUCCUGGGAUCAUUAAUUACAAUGAUACCAAGAUUCAGCUGCUGGAUCUGCCGGGGAUUAUUGAGGGCGCGUCUCAGGGCAAGGGGCGCGGGAGACAGGUCAUUGCAGUCGCCAAGUCAUCUGAUCUCGUGCUCAUGGUGCUCGAUGCCUCCAAGACCGAGGCCCACCGUCAGAUUCUAACCAAGGAGCUCGAAUCCGUGGGGCUGCGUCUGAACAAGCAGCCGCCCAAUAUCUACUUCAAGAAGAAGAAGACGGGAGGAAUUUCCUUCAACUCCACGGGCCCUCUCUCGCACAUAGACGAGAAGCUGUGCUAUCAGAUUCUGCACGAGUACAAGAUUCACAACGCUGAGGUGCUAUUCCGCGAGGACAGCACAGUGGACGAUCUCAUCGACGUGAUCGAGGGCAACCGCAAGUACAUCCGGUGCCUCUACGUGUACAACAAGAUCGAUGUCAUGGGGAUAGACGACGUUGAUCGCUUAGCAAGACAGCCCCACUCUGUGGUCAUUUCCGCCAAUCUCGAGCUGAACAUGGAUCAUCUGUUGGCGCGUAUGUGGGAGGAGAUGGGGCUCGUGCGAGUGUACACCAAGCCACAGGGGCAGCAGCCCGACUUUGCUGACCCAGUGGUGCUAUCUACUGACCGUGGAGGGUGCACAGUGCGGGACUUCUGUGACCACAUCCACAGGGGGUUGCUCAAGGAUGUGAAGUAUGUGCUGUGCUGGGGCAUCAGCGUCAAGCACUUCCCGCAGCGCUGCGGUUUGGCGCAUGUUCUGCGGGACGAGGAUGUCGUGCAGAUCGUGAAAAAGAAGGUAAUGUUCCGUCUUGACUCACCUCACACGACCAAAACAGUGUUUCAGUCGUCACCGCAGCUCGCGCAUUCAGCCAGCUCAGUCCAGUCGCCCCUCGCAAAAGACGCCAUGGCGGCUCUCAGCAGUUCCAUCCCCGCCUUUUCCGGCCUCCGCGCCGCUGCUCCCGCAAAGGCGGUCAAGAUUGCGCACAAGGCUCAGUCUGCUCGUCGCGCUGCGCCAGCCUUCGUGGCGGCUUCCACCAGCGGCAGCAACUCCGUCACGUCGCAGCCGUCGCAGGCGCUUUUCGCGAGCGUUUCCGAGUCCACAGCCGCAGCGCCUUCCGCUUCCGCUUCCUUGCCAGGGGGAGUCGUCGUGCCCGCGUUGCUCGGCGCCGGAGUCCUGGGCGGUGCGACGUUCGCCCUGGUGUCUAAGGCGGUUAAGCCAGCAGCCAGUGCGGCUCCGGCGGUGGGGAAUGCCGCUAAUGGCGCUGCCGUUUCGCGCGCUAAGAGGGCGGCCCCUGCAGCGCUAGCGACAAUGGCGGCGACUUUCCCCAACGCGAUGCAGGAGGAGAUGUUCAUGCACGCCGUGGCGGACGAGCUGCGCAACCUCGGCUUUAAGCGCGACAACUGCAUCGCGCUCGUCAACACGUGUCGUGACGAGGUCUGCCGGCCCAUCGUGAACCUGAUUGACAAGGAGUUUGGACUCAGCUUUAACAUCGCGGGGCUGGGUGGGCUUGUGAACUGCGGAAAGACGGGGUUCAAGGCUGCGAUGAGCCACUCGCCGGAGUUCCCCUGCGAAACCGACGGGAAGCCUCGCGAAAGAUACAUCUUCUUCGGCUUCCCCCACGUGUCCAUUGGAGAGAGCGGCGAGGUGGGGUCGCUGCUUCGCCGUGGGCGCGGCAAGCCGUCAUCGGCGUGCGGAGCGCUGAUCGCCAUUAAGGGCGACAUCUCCGCUGGAGGCGAGAUUGAGGAGGACCCGAACAACGCGGAAUACGUUCUGCUGAAAAAGAAGAUCGCCGCUAAGAUCCCCUCUGGCUCAGGCAGCCCUUCCCUGGUGCAAGUGACUCGCGCUGCCCUGCAAGCCAUCACAGACGACCUUGAGAACCUCAUCUCCCUUACAGUCGACCCCGCUACAGCAGACUAUGCUGUCAUUACAGGAGUGCAGAUCCACUCUGGAAACCAGGUUCCUGGGGAAGAUUUCUGUCCUGAGCGCACGUGUGACUAUAUUGCACCGAAUGCCAUGUUUGCGGUCAUCAGGGGGGAGAAGCACAUUCUGCACUGUGAAGUGAACCAAAUCACGGGUAUCAGUUCAGUGCCUGCUGACCAGUUUGCUGCCUAA